GCGCAGCCAUGAGGCUGUGCCGGCCCUUUGUUCCCGGGGGUCCGCGGCCGCCCAUCCCGAUGGCCGGGGCGGCUUGAGCCCGGCGGGAAGGGAGGAGGAGGAGGAGGAGGAGGAGCUGUUCCCAGCAGGAUGCGAUGGGGAACUGCUGGGCGCAGUGGUGCUGCGGGCUGUUCUUCCGGAGGGACGCGGGCCGGCUGCAGCGCGGCGGAGGAUCCAAGUAUUUUAGAACGUGUUCAACAGGAGAACACUUCACUAUAGAGUUUGAGAACCUCGUGGAAAGUGAUGAGGGAGAAAGCCCAGGAAGCAGUCACAGACCUCUGACCGAGGAAGAAAUUGCUGACUUGAAAGAGAGACACUACGACUCCAUUGCUGAAAAGCAGAGGGCUGUUGAUCUGAAGCUGCAGUCAGAGUUAGCCUUACAAGAGGAGAAGUUAAGACUAGAAGAGGAGGCUUUAUAUGCUGCACAACGUGAAGCAGCCAGGGCAGCAAAGCAGAAAAAGCUCUUGGAGCAACGUAGGCAGCAAAGGAUAACUCAGAGAGCACAUGCUGUAAAUAAUGGAGAGUUUCAGAGCUCUGUGGCAGAGGAAGAUCUCGAUCCUUUCUUAAGGAACACAAAAUUCCAGUACGAAGCUUUUCGAAGCAGCAGGCUUUCCUCUGAUGCCACAGUGCUGACACCCAACACAGAGAGCAGCUGUGACUUAAUGACCAAAACCAAGUCAGUGAGUGGGAACGACGACAGCACCUCCUUAGAUUUAGAGUGGGAAGAUGAAGAAGGGAUGAACAGGAUGAUCCCGAUGAGGGAACGCUCCAAGACGGAGGAAGACAUCCUCAGGGCAGCCCUGAAAUUCAACAGCAGGAAGACAGGGAGCCACCCAGCCUCGGCCUCCGACGAUUCCAACGGCUUGGAGUGGGAGAACGACUUUGUCAGCGCCGAGAUGGACGACAACGGCAACUCCGAGUACGCCGGCUUCGUCAACCCCGUCUUGGAACUGUCGGCGUCGGACGUGAGGCUCUCGGAUUCCGACCCCCAGGACAGAUAGUGACACUGCACUCUGCUCUGUCCAAAUGUGACCAAAGGUCACAUCUGUGACCAAAUGUUGGAAAGGGAAGGAGAAUGUACAAAGCCACUCUGCUCUUUUGUAACCCGCUUCCCUUUUUCUUACCCGUGGAUCAGCAAAGGAACGGGAAUGACUUGCUGUCUGAAUGGGUUCAGAAUUAAGUGCAAUUUUAUCACCUACCUUCUCGACUUUUGUGAAAACUGGGAUGGCUCUGUUGUGUAUAUUUCUGGGUAUCUGGAUUUAAUAUAAAAUUAUCUGCACUAAUUGAAGCUUCGUGGCUUGACAUAUCUGUAUAUUUUAACUUGCCUUUUUUUUUUUUUUUUCCUCUUGGUGUUUAUACUGAUUUUUGUUUUUAAAAUUCAUCACUGGCCUAAUAUUUAUGUCAGAAAGUCUUAUAUAAUUUAUGUAAUACUUGAAUAUAGAAAAAUAAUUUAAAAGAAUUUUUUUAUUUCCGGUCUGUGCUUUUUGACUUGCUCUUCAGCUGUUUUAGAGGGCGCAGCAAGAGCUGCAAAACAAAUCUGACACGUGGCAAUUUGCAGACUUUUCCCUGUCAAGCUUAAAAGUCUUCCUAGCCUUGUGUUGUCCUUUUCCCAUUAAUUUUAUUUUUUUUUUUAAAUUAUUUUAUGCUAAGCACGGUUAACCUCAAUGAACAUAGUAAAAAUCAUCAGGGUAGGUAAGAUAUUGUCUUGUAUAAUAUGCCAGACUUCAGUAAGCGUGUGCUAGGUAGAAAAAUGAAAAUAAAAUUAAAAUAUAAAUUCUUCAUGUGUCAAUAAACUGGCAAAUUUUAACCAGUAUCUAGUAGAGAACUGGGAGGACCAAAGUCUUGAUUUCCCUGCCCCUCCCCUGCAGACCAACAUCUGUUGCUGCAGGGUCCUUAAAAUUCUUUAGUUGUGGAAAAUUUAUAAUUCAACUGGACUGGAACAAUUAUUGGAAUCGACACUCUGUGAGCAAACUGGGGGAGGGAUGAGAAGAAGGAGGACCUAAAGACUGAAUUUCUCUCUCUGCAUUUUAAAAAGAAAAGAAAAAAGUUGAUGUUUUAACAGUGUGUUUAAGUGCUCUGCCUUUCCUGUGCCUCUAAACUGGAUGGUCAAUCCUGCAAAUACGGGCUGAAAUUCAAGGAGGUCUCAGUGACUGCACAUCUGGUGUCAAGUGCUGUGUGGUCUCCCCUGAUAUUUCAAGUUAUACUUUUAAAAAAAAAAAAAAAAAAGAUGAUUUGUAGAUCUCAAGCUUUCCCCAAAGUUUCAAAGUAAAGCCAUUCUACUCUGCUGUUAUUUUGUGUUUUGCUGUUUUGUUUUUCCAUGGAGAAAAAGAGGGCAAUGGGGGUGUAACUUCACUGUAGUGGAGCAGAAGGAACACGCUUUGAGAAGUAAUAAACCACCACCACCAUCAUCAUCAUCACUGAAUUUGUCGGUGAAAGUUGUGGCGCCGGUUUAAAUCAUCUGAGACUACACAGAAUAUUUGGGACAUUACAGGGAACUGCACACUUGGAUUAAAUACAUACAGACAACAUGAAAGAACAGAGAAAUCCUGCUGGUGACAUUCCACCUCUUGAUUUCAGUCUCUGAAAACACUUUAAUGUUGUUAUUUACGUUCGCGAUGCCUGUAAAACGAGCUUUAAAAGUUUGUACACACCGACUGUAUAUUUUGGGUUUGGCGUAAGCUACUGCCAUGUGACUUCUCCUGGACAAUUAUUUGUAUAAUAUAUUCCUGCUGGGAACGAAGGCAACUUCCUCAACAUGUAAAUAACACAUUUUUUUUUUACCUGCUGAAGCUGUCGCCUCCUCUGCGCUGGUCACUCCUUUCCCUGGCCACGAGUGACCACGAGCCUUGCCCUGCCCAUGCCUUGAGGAAGUCCAUUAGCUGACAGUCCUGCUCUUAGGGUGAACAGUGACCUAGGAAAAAGAAAGCAGCUUUUUCUGUGAUGGGCAUGUUCUGCAGCCAGGGUUAAUAACAUUUUCAGAGCUCGGUGCACCUUUGGUGCUGAGCGACUUUGGAAACGAUGCUCGGUGUUUGUGGAUAUGGAGAGAUUCUAUGAGCAGCUCACUGUAGAAUAAAGAUCUGUACAAAUUUAAAAGUCAUUAAAAUUUUCACUCAGUCUUAA